UUUUUAAAUCUACUUAAUGGCGGAUGCGCUUGCGUGAUGCCGGUUUCGUGUUAUUAUUGCAUGUAGUUUGGCGUCUUUUCCUGUGGAAUUGUGAUAUCAUUGAUUUUACGCGUUCACACAUAUUCGCCGGAUAAUCACCAUGGUGGCGCAGAAGAAAGGUCGCGGCGCUAAAAACCAGGCAGCUAAGGCUAAGGCCGCCGCCCAAGCCGCCGAAGAACAAGCUCCCGAGAUGGAAACCACUGAACCCGUAGAAGCUGAAGAUAACAAUGGUGAAGCCGAACAAGCAGAGGGCGGCGAUGACACGGCGGCCGGCGACUCAAGCAUCGCCGAGACCGGCGGGGAGGGCGACACGAGCCAAGAGAACGCCGACGGCGACGCCGGCGAAGAAAAGAAGGAGGACAAAGUGGAGUCUGGUAAAAUACUAGUUGAGAACCUCCCGUCGACCUACCUGUUCGACUACCAAGACAAACUCAAGGAGUUGUUCUCAAAACAUGGAGAAGUUACCAAUGUCAAACGUGGUCCAAUCAUUGUAACUGAACUGACCACAACUCCGACAUUAUCGGCAAUAGUCGAAUUCAAAAACAAAGAGUCUCUGGAAAAGGCACUGACCGAGGAGGGCACGCUGCUGGAUGGCAACAAGAUCACCGUCUCGGUGGAGUCUCGCGCCGAGACCGCUGUGCUGGUGGGCGUGCCCUACGAGGCUAGCACUGAGUACGUCAAGUUGCUGUUCUCGCAGUGCGGCGAGGUCGCGCAUAUACACGAGUUCAGCAAGACUAAGUACAAAAUACCUUUGUGUUUAACAGUGCGAGUGACAUUCCAAGACAAGGAGAGCGUGGACAAGGCUCUGAAGCUGGACCGAGAGCUACGCAUCAACGGCUUCCUCGUCACUGUUUCCAAGUACCGUGAUGAGGACGAACAGAAGGCGCACAACGCCGCCAAUGUUAACAAGAACAAGCGGCAGCACCCGAACCAGCAACAGAACCGCAACAACACCAACACCAACACUAACGCCAGCCCGAACUCCAACCGCGCUAACAACUUCCGUGCUCGCGGCGGAGCAUUCAACGCGAGGGGCAACUUCAGAGGAGCCCGCGGUCGCGGCGGGUUCGGCGGUCGCGGCGGCACGUUCCCGCGCGGCGGCUUCGCGCCGGUCAACACCUACAUGCCGCCGCAGGGCUUCAUGGGCCGCCCGAACUACCUGUAGAACAUUACACCAGUAAGUCCAAGCAGGGUGGGUUCAUGAACGACGGCCAGCGGCCGAACAAGCGGCUCCGGCAGAUGUAACUAUUUUGUAAAGACAAGAUCCCGUGUCGUGCGUCGUCCUCCUAUGUUCGUGUGUGUGAGUGUGAAGAGCGCCCUAUCAGAGACUUCUACAGUGACAUGUUUUGCAGUAUCAGUAAUAAACAAAUAAAUCUAGCUAAUUGUAUUUACUAAGUACAUGAAAUAAAAUAAAAUAAUUGUAAGCUAAUGUCUUUUGACAGGUAAUAAAUGUAAUUACUAACA